GGGAGGGACAAGAUGGCAGCGCCCAGCAGUCUGUGAGGGAUAAGGAAGUCCAGCUGACCCCACCAAUUAGUCUGGCAAAAUUGGCAUUAUGACCGUCGGCCCUCAUGCACGUGUCUCACUAGUCUUGACAGGCCAGAUAGGAGCAUGUAUCUGUCAUUUAAAAAGAAGAACCAUGCAGCAGAUACCUCAGAGACAUAUGUAUCUUUUAAAGAAUGUUAAUAAACAAUGCAUUACAUUUCAACACCUUAACUUCCUCAAGCACAUGUAUAUAGUGCAGUUGAACAGAAACCUCAACCAGCAAGUAAAACCCAAGCCAGAAUCAAGGGCACCUGUGUUUCUUGAGAAAACAUCAUCAAGUCAAGCCAAAACAGUUGUUCAUGAGAUCAGAUCAAUUUCACUUCCCAAUCUACCAUUAUCUAAAAUUUCAAAUCCAAAAAAGGUGAAAGAAUUAGAAACUACAUCAACAGUUGAAAGCCUAGGAGGAAUGGGGACAGAAUCCAAAGAUGAAAAGCAGUGGAAAGAAAUGAAAUUACAGUUGGAUGAUUUACCAGGAAUUUUGGCUCGGCUGUCCAAAAUUAAACUUACAGCUUUAGUCGUGAGUACAGCUUCAGCUGGAUUUGUGUUGGCUCCAGUACCUUUUGACUUAUACUGUUUCCUGCUUACCUCUCUUGGAACAGGCCUUGCAUCCUGUGCAGCUAAUGCCAUUAAUCAGUUCUUUGAGGUUCCAUUUGAUUCAAAUAUGACUAGAACAAAGAACAGACCUCUGGUUCGAGGACAGAUCAGUCCUCUGUUAGCUGUAUCUUUUGCUACAUGCUGUGCUGUUCCAGGAAUUGCACUCCUGACUUGGGGAGUAAAUCCACUCACAGGAAUUCUAGGUGCUUUUAACAUUUUCCUGUACACAUGCUGCUAUACACCUAUGAAAAGGAUUAGUAUUGCCAACACAUGGGUGGGAGCUUUUGUUGGAGCCAUCCCACCAAUCAUGGGAUGGACAGCAGCUACUGGUAGCCUUGAUGCUGGAGCAUUACUACUAGGUGGAAUCCUCUACUCCUGGCAGUUUCCUCAUUUCAAUGCUCUAAGUUGGGGUCUUCGAGAAGAUUAUUCCCGGGGAGGCUACUGUAUGAUGUCUGUAACUCAUCCUGCCAUGUGCAAGCGAGUGGCCUUACGCCACUGUCUGGCUUUAAUUGGACUGUCAGUGAUAGCCCCCAUAUUGAAAGUCACCACAUGGACUUUUCCCAUCAUCUCUUUACCAAUCAACUUAUAUAUUUCUUACCUUGGUUUUCGGUUCUACAAAAAUUCAGACCGAGUCAGCUCUAGAAAACUGUUUUUCUGUAGCCUCUGGCAUUUGCCAUUACUUUUGCUCCUUAUGCUCACUUGUAAACAGUCACUUGUUGGGGAAAAUGACAAAUGGGAACUUAAAAGCUGAAAUCAAAUAACUUUUCUAGAAAGUAGAGCUGUGAAGUAACAUGCAUUUUUCCUAUCAAAAGUGGUAGUACAAAAAUUAAUUGGUUUUAUAUAGUAAGUUGAUAUUCUAAAAAUAAUUUUCCAUGCUUAUAAAUGAUGCUGUAGUAAUAUUAUACAUAUAUGUAUAUAUUUAUGUAUAUAUAUUUUUUCAAACUUUGGCAACCGAUAUAUGCAUGGUAUACAUAUAUGCACACACACACGUAUUUUUGUGUAGCUAUUGAUCAAGAAUUCCCUUUGGAAUUAGUCAGCUUAAAGAACUAAUAUUUUAAAAGAACAUCUUUUUGGUAAUAAUUAGAGAUGACAAAUCUCUCUUUCCCCAUCCCUUUUACAUUUCCAUCUCUAAAAAAAAAAAUAAUAAUACGUAUAUGGGUUCUUCCUUUCCCCUUCCAGCCCAUUUUGUCUUCUUUUUUUCUUUCUUUCUUUCUUUUUUAAAAAUUAACAAUACCAACCUGGCUGAUGAAUAGUGAGUACUAGUAAUCCAAAACUUCUAGUUUUGCUUCUCAGGCUCUGAAUACCUAAAAGUUACCAAACUUUUCUCUUUGGCAGAACAGAAGAAAUUCAGCCUCCUCGUUGUCCUAUGAAUGAACCAAAGACAUUUCUCUUUAAUUGUUCCCUGUUUUAUAAAAACCUUAUCCCUUCAAACAAUAAUGAAAAAAAUGGAUGAGUUGAUCUACAACCUAUGGAGAUGAUCCAAAGCAGUUUUUCCUGGGUAUUUCACGUAGGGCUGAUUCCUCAACCCCAUCCCCCCGAAAUGCAUAUCAAUAUAUCAGAAAUUCUAUUAAAGACAAAGGCAUAAGGUGUGGUACCUUUGAAAAUGCGGAAGUUGUUCUUCAAGGCAAUUAUUGAAUGAGAUCUUGCUCUGGACUUUCAAUACAAGAAAUUCUUCAUCCUUUAAUCUUAUCCAAGUAAAGUUUUGCUUAUUAUAUAUUA